AAUCAUAUAUACAAGACAUAUUGGAUUUUAAUUCUCUCUAAGUUGGAUGGAGGCUCGGAAACUGUGACUGCAAAAAUGGCUAAGAUGAGGAAUUGGAGAACUCGUGCAGUGGUUCUUGUGGGUUUUUUCUUGAGUUCAGCUCUGUUUUGCAAUGGAGGAAUCACUAGUUGUUUUGUAAGGGAUACUUAUCCAUCCGUUGAUAUGCCGCUUGACAGCGAUGUAUUUCGUGUGCCCCCAGGCUAUAACGCACCACAGCAGGUUCAUAUAACUCAAGGAGACUUUGUAGGGCAGGGUGUGAUUGUGUCUUGGGUCACCCAAGAUGAACCAGGCUCCAACACUGUACUUUACUGGACUGAGAGCAGCGGGGAAAAAUACAGUGCAGAGGGCAUCUACUUGACCUACAAGUACUACAACUAUUCUUCAGGCUUUAUCCACCACUGCACCAUCACUAACUUGGAGUUUGACACAAAAUACUACUACGAGGUUGGGGUCGGAAAUACCACACGGGAAUUUUGGUUUAUAACACCUCCUGCAGUUGGGCCUGAUGUUUCUUAUACAUUUGGUCUCAUAGGGGACCUUGGGCAGACUUUUAAUUCAAACAGCACACUCACUCAUUACGAAAUGAACCAGAUAAAGGGGCAAACAAUGCUGUAUGUUGGUGACUUCUCUUAUGCGGAUAACUAUCCAUUUCACAACAAUGUUAGGUGGGAUACAUGGGGCAGACUCAUAGAAAGAAAUGCUGCUUAUCAACCUUGGAUAUGGACAGUGGGAAAUCAUGAGAUCGACUUAGAUCCUGAAUUUGGUGAAACUGUACCUUAUAAGCCCUAUACAAACCGAUUUUUUGUGCCAUCAAAUUCUUCAAAUUCACCAUUUUGGUACUCAAUGAAGCGAGCUUCAGCAUAUAUCAUCGUCCUUGCUUCAUAUUCAGCAUUUGCAAAGUACAGUUCUCAGUAUGCUUGGCUUCAGCAAGAGCUACCUAAAGUGAAUAGGAGUGAGACACCAUGGUUGAUCAUCCUUAUGCAUUCUCCAUUGUAUAACAGCUACUACGGUGCCUAUAUGGAAGGAGAAGCUAUGAGAGUAGUAUUUGAACCAUGGUUUGUAAAAUACAAAGUUGAUGUCGUAUUUGCUGGCCAUGUUCAUGCAUAUGAAAGAUCUGAACGUAUAUCCAACAUUGCGUACAAUAUUACAAAUGGUCUAUGCACACCUGUAAGUAAUCCAAAUGCACCUGUAUACAUAACAAUUGGUGAUGGAGGAAAUAUUGAAGGCCUAACAACCAUCAUGACAGAACCGCAACCGCAAUAUUCUGCAUUUCGUGAAGCCAGUUAUGGUCAUGGUAUUUUUUCUAUUAAGAACCGGACCCAUGCUUACUUUGGCUGGCAUCGAAAUCACGAUGGUUAUGCUAUAGAAGCCGAUUCAGUAUGGUUAUACAACAGAUAUUGGUAUCCUGUGAUUGAAACCACCACUUCAAUGUGAUUAUAAAUGACAUCAUCCAAG